UGGAACGCAACUCACUUGUCACUGUGUUCCGACAUGGCACGCAUCGCUGUGCUUCGGUCAGCGCUCCUGAACGGCGGCAGGCGUCGAGAAUUGGCUUCGUGCUGGCGUCAACACAAGCGUCACCAAAACACGGCAGCGAAGUCGGCUGCCAUCAAGUCAGACAGGAUUCUGGAGUCACCGUUUCCCGCGCAGGCGCAAUUUUCGGAGCUGAACCUAACGGACUUCGUAUGGAAGGACGUCAAUCAGUGGCUGUCCAAACCUGCAGUGACAUGUGGUUCAAGUGGCCGCUCCUACACGUAUGGGGAGACGCGCGCCUUCUGUCGCCGCUUCGCCAACGCCUUGCUAGGGGAGGUGGGCCUCCGACAGGGGGAAGUUCUGGGCCUGCUUCUGCCGAACAUACCCGAGUACGCCAUAGCGAUCCAUGGAGCCGUCGAAGCCGGCAUCGUCGUCACGUUCGCUAACCCUCUGUACACCCCAGAGGAGAUCAGGCGCCAGUUCACGAACGCGGGGGUGAGGGUCAGCGUCACGAUCCCCCAGUUGCUGCCCAUCAUGACAGAGGUGGGGCCGACGCUACCAGACUACAAGUGCACCAUAGUGAUUGGUGAGGACGCUCAUUCGGCGGACAGGACAGUGCUGUCCUUCCGGCAGCUGCUGAUCGAGUCCUUGCCUGCAGACAUCCCCAGAGCAUCACCAGAUGACGUUGCGCUACUGCCCUACUCCAGUGGUACCACGGGGCUGCCUAAAGGGGUGAAGCUGUCCCACCGGAAUCUGGUGUUUAACCUGCAGCAAGUGUUGCAUCCUGACAUCGUACUGCAUGUUCCCACAACAGAGGAAACACAAGAAGUGGUGUUAAGUGUUUUGCCCUUCUUCCAUAUCUAUGGUUUCAAUGGGAUACUCAAUACAUCACUCUUCUAUGGUCUGCACGUGGUAUCCAUCCCAAAGUUUACACCAGAGGACUACAUUGCCUGUGUAGCAAAAUUCAAGCCAACAAUCCUGUUUGUGGUGCCUUCCUUGCUGCUGUUUCUGGCAUCACAUCCCACUGUAACAAAGGAACACUUGUCAUCUAUUGAGAAGGUCAUAUGUGGAGCUGCUCCUGCAACAAAGAACCUCAUUGAUAAAUUUAAGGCCAAAGUCGACAGAGAUAUCCAGUUCAGUCAAGGCUAUGGCAUGACAGAAACAUCGCCUGUCACUCUGUUUGUACCAAGGGAUGUACCAUUGAGUAAAAUGGGUUCAUGUGGCCAACUGAUUCCUCACACACAAGCCAAAGUGGUAGACCUAACAACAGGGCAGUCACUGGGCUCUCAUCAGUCGGGUGAGCUGUGGGUCCGGGGACCACAGGUGAUGCAGGGUUAUCUUAACAACGAUGAGGCAACCCAAGAGACAAUUGACUCGGAGGGGUGGCUGCAUACUGGUGAUGUUGCUUAUUAUGAUGAUGACGAGUACUUUUACAUUGUGGACCGCACCAAAGAACUCAUCAAGGUUAAGGGAAACCAAGUCUCCCCCACUGAACUGGAGAGCAUAGUACUACAAAUACCAGGUGUUGCUGAUGUGGCAGUGGUUGGCAUUCCUGAUGCCCUGGCUGGUGAACUUCCACGUGCGUUUGUUGUGCGUCAUCCUGACGCUCAGAAUCUAACUGAAGAUCAAGUCCAACAAUAUGUAGAGCCUAAAGUUGCCAGUUACAAGAAACUAGCGGGCGGUGUGAAGUUCAUUGACAUUAUACCUCGAAAUCCAGCAGGCAAGGUGUUGAGAAAUGAGCUGAAAGUGCUUGGUGAGAAAUCACCCAUUCAGUGAUGAGUAUGGCAAUCAUUUUGUUGACUGCCUGUGCUCUAUUCAAGUUUAAUUUUAAAUUUGGUAUCAUAUAUCAAAUUCUAGGCAAGACUGAAAUUUCUUCCAUACUUAAAACAAUUUCUUUAUGACUGAAAUAUUAUGACCAGAAACACCAAAAUACUGCAUCUCAAUAUCACUGGCACUUUCUAAUGCACUUAUACAUUUUGAAUUUGAAAGCCAAUGUGUGCAUCAUCUGAGGAUUUAAGCAAGGGUAUAUUCAGGACUAGUUCAGAAUUUUGCUACACACACAUCAUGUUCUAACAUAACUUCUGCCAUCUUGGAUUUCCACGAUUUUCUACACUAUCUAAUGUCACAACUAACAAAAGAAAUUAUUUACAUAAAUUUGAAUGACCUGGAUGUGUUACAUAUUUAGGUGAAACAGGAAAUGGUCAAGUUAACUGUAAAACUGCAACGAAAGUGAAUACUUUGGAGACAAAGGCAUGAACAGAAGGAUAACAGUAGAAGGAUCUUCGAGGCACAGAUCUCGAAGAUGUGAACUAGUCUCAGGGUAAGAACCAGUGAUAAUGAUGAAGUUCUGCAACAUGUGGGAAUUUCUUAAAUAUACGAAUAAUUAUUGACUGCUCAGUCAUGUUAAACGUAUCAGACUCAAGUUGCUGUAGAGCAUGAGAAUUCACAUUAAUGCAAUGGAAGAAUCCUACACAAAUACAAACAAAUGAAUUUUAAAUGAAAUACUAUUCUGGACACAUAAAGGGAUUUAAAAACUGUACCUGUGACAAUAAAGAUAUGUUUUGGAAUUA